CUUCCACAACAAACCACUCACCAACCGAUCCAUUAUACUGUGGAGGCCGAAAACAGGAAUGAGAAGGCCAUCACUCCCUCCAUCUAUUAAUCAGACAAUUCAUAUCCUCUUCCCUCCCCUCCUAUUCUGUAAUGCUUCUUAAGCAAGGCAAUUUGAAUGACAGCAAAGUGUGGUCUCCACUACCCACCUCUUCCCAUCUCCAUCCAUGCGAUUCUCUAUUCUACAUAUUUCAUACUCCACCGCGACAUCAUGUCCCUCCUUCGGUCUUAGGAAAGCAACAGGUCUAAUCCUCUGCCUCUCAGAUGGAUUCCACAGAGGAGCGUGCUCUUUCCAGCAAAAUACUUGUUGGUAUCUCACUUGACGCACGAGCUAGCAGUGAGCUUCUUUCGUGGGCAGUUGGAAAUGCAGCUCAUCCAAAUGACACCAUUGUUGCCUUGCAUGUUCUCGUUGGGAAAGGAGAGAAGAAAAUUAACUCUGAUAUGACUAGAUUGCGCCAAGCAAAGGCCUUUGUGAUUUCCAUGCUUGGAGAGUUCACUGAGAUCUGUGAAACUAAGCAGGUGAAGUUGGAGGCGAAGGUCAGGAGCAGCUCGAGCAUUGGAAGGGGUCUUACUGCUGAGGCAGCUUUGAUCGAUGCCAACUUUCUUCUCGUUGGCGGUUCAAGGAAUUCAUCCCAAAGAAAUUCUUAUGAAAUCACAAAGUAUUGCCUCAAGUAUGCUCCCGAAGGCUGCUCGGUUAUCGCUGUUGGAAAACAAGGUCUGCCUCAAAAUGACACUUAUUUGGAUUCUCUAACAUGUGAAGAAAACCAAUCUUUGAGCUCGAGGUGGAACAGCAAAAACCUCCAUGUGGGUAAGGCUCUAUCCCCUCUGCAAAAGCUUUUUGGGUCAAAUUCCAAGAUAGAGAAGAGGAAUUCAUCCCGUCAAAGUAUCUGUGAGAAAAGCUCACCUAGAGCUGUUCUAGAUGGACCUGAGGGAGAGAACGCUGCUCCAGAGGAAUGCUUUAGUCCUUCUAGCAAUGAGACUAGCAGUCGCAGCCGCACCGGCAUUUGGAGGCGCCUUUCUAUUGCCAAGCUAUUCUUUCGCUCAACAGAGCACUUGGCUGGAAAGGAGACCGAUGGGUGUUCGACCUAUACUGAAGACCAGAAGCCUUCUUGGAGAUGCUUUAGCUAUGAAGAGAUUUCUCGUGCUACAAAUAACUUCCACCCUGAAAAUAUGGUUGGUAGAGGAGGAUAUGCAGAAGUAUUUAAAGGAAAACUCUAUAACGGCCAAGCUGUAGCAGUGAAGCGAUUGGCUAAAGGCAACACCUGUGAGCAAAAAGAGAAAGAAUUCCUUGCAGAACUAGGCAUAAUUGGGCAUGUAUGCCAUCCAAACACAGCCUUCCUGAUAGGCUGCUGCAUCGAGAAUGGACUUCAUCUGAUAUUUGAUUUCUCUCCUAAUGGAAGCUUGGCAUCAGCUUUGCAUGGUAAAAAUGGCGAGUUUCUCGAGUGGCCAGUGAGAUAUAAGAUAGCCAUAGGGACUGCUAGAGGGCUGCACUACCUUCACAAAUGCUGCAGAAGGAGAAUUAUUCACCGUGAUAUCAAGGCCUCCAAUGUUCUCCUUGGGCCAGAAUUUGAACCCCAGAUUUCAGAUUUUGGACUGGCAAAAUGGCUUCCAAAACAAUGGACUCAUCACUGUGUCAUCCCAAUAGAGGGCACUUUUGGGUAUUUGGCACCGGAGUACUUCAUGCAUGGGAUUGUUGAUGAGAAGACUGAUGUUUUUGCCUUUGGGGUUCUGUUAUUGGAGAUUGUUACCGGCAGGAGGCCUGUGGAUUCAUCAAAGCAAAGCCUACUCCUCUGGGCCAAGCCACUUAUAGACACUGGGAGAGUAGAUGAACUUGCUGACCCAAAGCUCGAAGGUAAAUAUGACCUGGACCAGUUGCAGAAAUUGGUGCUCACUGCUUCCUACUGCGUGAGACAGACAUCUAUCUGGCGUCCAUCCAUGAGUGAGGUAUUACAGCUCCUAACGGACUGCGACGACUCGAAAGUAGCAGAAAGCUGGAGGAUGCCUGAAAGCCAGAUUGAUGAGAUGGAUGAUUGGAGUUUGGGUACAGACUUCUGUUAUCCCUACUAGCCGUCUCUUCCAGAAAAUAUUGGUAGGUUUAAAGUUCGUUUUUGCUUUUUGCACCGGUUUAGAAUAUGGUUGACUUAUAACUGUGAGAACGAUGAUGAAGUUAUUUGAUCUUUGUAAUUUAUUGCGAUACGCAUGGAUGUCAAAGUUUUAAUUUCUCUCUGUUUCAAUGCCAUGUUAUAUGAUUUUGCGAUAAAAAAAGUUUCCAU